GUUACCAGUGCAUGUGAAAUGACUCAUUCUGGCCACAAGGUGGCAGUAAAGCUCGGCGCCAUUGUUUACUGUGAAUAAAAAGAAAACCAGCUUUGUAUUAGUUGCUGACGCAUGCUGUACGCGUAUUAUUGAACAAACAUGUAAUAUCUUGUUAGAAUAACCAGAGCUGUACAGCCACAGGGCCAUGGCUGAGUCAGCCGAACAAGGACUUUGGCAUUGGGACUAACGGUUUCUUUCCCCUUUCUCCCUGACUUGCCUGAUAGUAGGGAAGCACACAUGAAGAUGCUGCUGAAGGUGCCCCAGAAGCUGCUGAGGACAGCUCACUACAUCGAGCUGGGCAGCUAUCAGCACUGGCCGGUGCUCGCACAGCAGAGGAUAAGACUGUACACCUACGAACAAAUCCCCCUGUUCCUGAAGGAGAACCCCUACAUCACAGAUGGCUACAGGGCCCACCUGCCUUCCAAACUCUGCCUGAGAAGUAUUUUUAUUAUGUCAAAUGAGACGGUGAAUAUCUGGAGUCACCUGCUGGGCUUCAUUCUCUUCUUCUCCCUUGGCGUCAACGACGUCACGUCGGUGCUGCCAGCCUCUGGAGCUAACAAAGAGGAUUAUGUCAUUUAUACCAUUGGACUAUUUUGCUUCCAGGUGUGCAUGUUGUGUUCCGUGGGUUAUCAUCUGUUCUCAUGCCACCGCUCAGAGAAGACGAGUCGUCGCUGGUUGGCUUUGGACUACGCAGGCAUUUCUGUUGGCAUCUUGGGAUGUUAUGUGCCUGGCAUCUUUUACGCCUUCUACUGCAACGCUUUUUGGCGGCAGGUCUACCUCAUGACGGUGCUGUCCCUGAUCCUGGCUGUCUUCUGCACCCAGGUUCACCCCCGCUACCUUAGCGAUGAUUGGCGGUGGAUCAGGGUGGCCAUCUUCUGCUGCAUGGCUGGUAUCAGUGUGGUUCCGGCGACCCACUGGGUGUGGCUCAACGGGGGAUUUACCUGUUAUGUUGUUCAGCGGUUCCUGCCUCGAAUGAUUGUCAUGUACCUGCUUGCUGGAUCUGCCUUCAUAUUCUACGUUACUAAAAUCCCUGAGCGCUACUUCCCUGGCCAGAUGAACUACCUUGGUGCCAGUCACCAGGUGUGGCACGUCCUGGUGGUUGUUAUGUUCUACUGGUGGCAUCAAACCGCAGUUGAAAUCAUGCAGUUCAGGCACAGCCAGCCUUGCCCGACACGGACAAAAUGACAAGGAACAAACAACGUAUCAAUGCACUUGUACAACAGAUAUCCCUGGGUUUGUACUGGAAGCCUAAACAUUUGGUGAAUACUUACUAACAGGCGGGUUCACCUUGAGCCUUUAUGUGUCACUAUCGGCAAUUGCCAGUAUACAGAACAGUAAAUCAAUGCAUGAAGAAUUUUAUUUAUGUAUAGAAUAAGAGUUUUUUUGUUUUUGCUGGUAAUUAUCUCAUGGCCGCUUGAGAAGGACAUAUCAUUUUUUGCACAGACUAUUGAAAAAAUAUCUGCGGACUGAGCCUAUUUGAACAAAGUGACAUUGUGAACGGCGCGGAGCACACCGCUGCCUCAAGUGUUCAGAAGCAUGAGGUGCAUGUGUUGGGGGGGAAAUUACUGUCACUUUAUUUCUUAAUACGACUUGAUUUGUGAUUUUUUUUUGUGUGUACCACCCGAAGACAGCUGGGAUUCUUCACGAGCUGGGACAGUAUAGAAAAUGAAUGAAUGAAUGACCAUGAAGAAUGGACUCAACGUCGAGAGAGUAUUACACAAUCAACUGCAUUGCUGGAAUAAUUGCAUUUAAGGCAGAACUGUAUUCCAAAAACAAUUAUCAAUCAUUAUCAUAUGUAUUCCCUCAUAAAAUUAAGCGAUUAUAUUCUCUUCUCUAUCAAUGAUAUGUCCUUUGUUGGUUGUACGUAUAGAAAAUCACUAUAAAUGCAUAGAACGAACAUUUAAUGAAAUUGGUCAACUAAAACAACAUACUGACAACUUGAAAUGGUUUCAUAUAAAAAUAUCUUUUUGCAUGGUAUAGAUAUCUAUUUUUGUACAUUUGUGUUUGGAUGGUUGCAUGUUAGUUGGCACUCCUCCUGUACAGGACAACAGCUUUGUACUUCACACAAUCAUAUGUGUAAUGCUUGAAUAAGCCCAGUGUGAAGUGAUGCAGGUUGCCUGAAGGGCUUUUAUUGUUCAUAUUUUCCCUCAAUCUUUGUUUUACUUCAUUUGCCUUAUGCUGAACUAGAACACAAAAAAUAUGCACGACCUUGAUUUUUUUUUCCACCACCAAUGCCACUACAAUUGUGUUAAAAAUAUCCAAUGCAUGACAACUAGGCUGAAAGCACAGUGAUUUAAUGUUGCCUUUUUGAACUCAUCUUGUGUGUUUUUCCCAAAUAUUUUGUACAGGGAAAUGCCAUUGAAGCUAUUUUGAAUUAAUAAAGAAUGUUGCAAAAUAUCUUAAAGGUCUUAU